AUGAAAGAGAUACUUGAAUACGAAGAAAGCGCGACGGUACAAGAAGAUAUUGCACGUUCUUGGUACCGAAAAUCACAUAAUCAUUAUGAGCCGGGAGAACAAAUUACAAGAGAAGAUCUAGAAACAUCGCGUCUUCAUGCAGAUACCGUACACGGUAAGAAGAGUGUCAAAGAUGAAUUAGAUGUAUCAGACGAACAAAUGUUUUUCUGGUGGCAAUGUUUGCAAGAUUUACAUGAUUUUCGUCGAAAACUCAAAAAGCGUAUACAGGAAGUGCCGUUCUUAGACAUAGAGGAUGAGUUUUCUUGUCUAGAUAAAGAAUACAUCGGAACUCUACCUGAAGAUAAAGUUUUUAUGAUUUUCGAGAAGUAUCGCAUAUAUCCAAAUAAGAAGUUUUUUGUACCAUUAAUAGACACGUUGCAAUUGCGCACAGAUGGAAAUGUUAAUUACAAAGAAAUACUGAAUCUCUUGAAUUGGAAGCGCAGCUUACCUGUUUUACCAAUAAUUAAACAAGCACCAGUGACGAGUCUAGAUUGUACUACAUAUAAUGACAGCAUAAAAAAUAUUCAGACAACUGAUAGCGCAAAAGUACGUGCGGCAGAACUUCCAUCUGAAAGAUCAGAUUUUCUGAACACAAUGUUACCGCGCGCUGGAUUUCAUCCGGAUAAGGAGAACUUGGGCGAUCAAAUCUCUGUCCAUUGCUUGAUAUCGCCUAGUAUAUUUACGAGAUACGGUUUGACACAUAUAGAUUUUUUUAAGAUACGUGACAAGGAAGAAAUACGAAGCAUAUUCGAGAACAUCGGUUUCGAAUUUCCAGAGGAGAGCUUUGAUACACUUUGGCAGAAAGGAAUGCGGAAGGAUUGCACCGAUGGUAUGUGCGUUGAAACAUUUCAAGAGUUACUUGCUGCGUCAGGUUUCGUGGCAAAGAAAAUUACAUGUGACUAAAUACAUAUAAACUUCUCAUCUUGAAAGAUCUAUACAUAUAAAGAC